GAACGCAACGCAACCAGCGGCAUGGAGCUUGUGGAGCUUCUGGAGGAGCUCGUGGAAGAGAUCCUUCUCCGCAUACCGCCGGACGAGCCGGCGUAUCUUAUCCGCGCCACCCUCGUGUGCAAGUCAUGGCUCCGCAUCCUCUCAGACCGCGACUUCCUUGGCAGGUACCGCGCGUUCCACCGAACGCCGCCCUUGCUCGGCUACUUCCACAACCUCUACUCCCGUCCUGGCCAGAUCCCUCGGUUUGUCCGGACGACAUCCGCGGCCUCCCUCUUCCCCGAGCAGGUGCUUGGUAGCAGCUGCUGGUGGGCCCUUGACUGCCGCCAUGGCCGCGUGCUGACCCGCACCUACGAGCCAGCUGACAGGCUAGUCGUUUUUGACCCCGUGACUGGUGAUCAGCACCACCUGAGCGUGCCUACUUAUCCGGAUAACCACCUCUACACUGGGGCAGUCCUCUGUGCCGCCAUGGAUGCUAGCUGCGACCACCUCAACUGCCAUGGUGGUCCGUUCAUCGUUGUCUUCGUGGGAGUUAGUAUUGACGACGACAUAAGAGCGAGCGUGUACUCAUCAGAGACCCAGACGUGGGGCGCGUCGACCUCUCUUCAUCCCAAUCGUCAUCACUCCAUUGUCGACAGCAGGCAAAGUCUUCUUGUUGGAGGAAUGCUCUACUUCACCCUCUCGCACGGCAAGAGCAUCCUCAGAUACGAGUUUGGUGCGCACCGCCUCUCCGUGAUUGACGUCGACACAUGCCUCUCCGUGAUUGACGUCGACACAUGCCUCUCCGUGAUCGACACACCGGGAGUACUGUUAGAUAACAUGGUCAUAGCAAAGGCAGACGACGGAGGGCUGGGCCUCAUUACCGUGUGGAAUAACCGCGUCUACUUCUGGAUGCAGCAGCAAGCUGGCACUAAUGACUCUGACGACUCUCCUCGCAGAUGGGUGCGACACAGGGUUACUGAGCAGAUCAAUACACUUCCUCCCCAACAUUAUCGAUCCUACUACCCAUGUUCACGUGAAGUAAUUGGCUUCGCGGAGGACAAUGAUAUCAUUUUCAUCAAUAGGGAUGAAAGAGUCUUCAUGCUAGACAUCAAGUCAAUGCAUGUAAGGAAGAUAGGUGAAAGACAGCCAUACCGUACCAUACUACCUUACGUGAGCUUUUACACUGCAGAUGCUUUGCCGCUACCGCUCCUCUCCUGUCAGAUGCUUGGCCACUGUUGGACUCUAUAUGGUUGGAUGCUUUGCCAUUGUCGUCAGUUUGGUCUCUUCUUUGACAAAUGCUUUUAUACCAUGAACAUGUUCGACCCCUCCUUAACGGAUGCUUUGCCGCUCGAGUUUGUCUAG